GUGUGUGUGUGUGUGUGUGUGUGUGUGUAGGAAUUGCUCGGGUCCAGGCUCAGAUCCGACGGCAGUAAAGCGCGCGAGGUGUCCGCGGUGUCCGUGAGCAUCCCGGUGAGAGCGCGAGGAUGUCUGUGUUGCCGUUGUUGCUGUCAUUUGCUUUGACGUCACAGUCUGUGUCCUCUAACAGCACCUUUACCUGCCCCACACACUGCAAAUGUCACCUGGAGCUCAAGUUCGCCUCCUGCGGUGGGGCCAAUCUCACCGAUCUUCCCUCCGUCAUCCCUCCUUUCACGGAGCACCUCAAUCUGUCGUUCAAUCACUUGUUGUUUAUCAGGAACCAGGCUUUUCAGGACGUCCGACGUCUACACACGCUGCUUCUGAAUGACAACAGGAUCAGUAACCUGACCGACGGUGCAUUUGAGCCUCUCGAGUUCCUUGUGAGACUCGAUCUGAGCCGUAAUCGCAUUUCCAUGCUCUCUAAAGGCUUCUCAUUGGGUUUGAUGUCUCUGCGUGAGCUCUCUUUGGUGCAGAACCAGCUCUCGAGCAUAAACGAACACUGCUUCUCACACCUGGACUCCAUACGGAAGCUUGACCUUCGCCACAACUCCAUCAGCCGCAUCCACGUCAGUGCGUUCAGCUCUCUCAGCACUUUACGACGUGUGUUCUUGGAUCACAAUAAGAUCAGCGAUCUUAAAAACCGGGUUUUUUCUAUGACAAGGAACCUGGAGGAGCUCGGGCUUAGCGGAAACAACAUUCGUCACCUUAAAGUCGGCAUCCUUUCUCCGCUAACUAGCCUAGCCUUACUAAAUCUAACCUUUAAUAAUCUAACAAACGUGGACUUUAAGGCGUUCCUCAGCCUGGAUGCACGCAGCACACAUAUUCACCUCAGUGGGAACCCUUGGACCUGUGAUUGCGAUUUGCAGCGAGUUUUCCGGAAAAUUCACAGUGUCCACAGGCUGCAGCUGGACGACUACAACAACCUGAGCUGCUAUCUGCCAGAGGAGCUGCGGGAUUACCCACUGAGGGAUGUCGACAACGAGUUGUGCUUCGCUGAAACAGUCACCGUGCUCAUCAUCACUGUCACAGUGAUUAUCACUGUAGUGGCCGCAAUCAUCAUGGCUGAGAAAAAAAGGAAGAAAACAAAUAAAGGGAAGCACUGGACCGAGGUCGGCGAGAUCUCGUCCGACUCGCAGAACUGAGACUUUUACAUUACCACAUACUCGAAAAUCUGCCUACCAAUAUUAACUUGAAAAAAUGUGCAUGAAUGCAGAGCAGAUUCACAGAAACCUCGAUCUACUUCUAAAAUGUUUACUCUCAGUCCAGAAAUAUAGGUUCACAUUUCCCAAACAUCUUCCUGUCAUGUUACAUAUUUGAGUUACUUGAGCAGGUUGAGUUUUGGAUUCAUUAAAGAGAUGUUGAGCAUCUAAUUAGUGUAGCAGCUAGCUUCUCACCAGAAGUGUACAUUUACACAUGUACAUUAAAAUGAGGUCAGCUGUCAUGUACAGAUCAGGGAUUUGUAGGUAAUAAAACCCUACAAAAAAAGUACUGAAUUUAUUUAUUUUAUUUCACUUUAUUGGUUUAUUAUUUAUUGUUAUGUUAUGCUUGAAAUGGAAACUGAAAUGAAAGUUCUGGUAGUGAGGUCUACAGUCUGAACCUCAGUGUGCUGAUGGGGAGAUUUGACCAAGUUCAUUCCUGCACUGCAACAAAAACACAGGACUGUUCAGUUCCCAUUCAUGAUCAUAUGGGAACACUGUAGUAACUGUAGUUAUCUAAGUGACUCAGGUCUGCCUUACAUUUAGCAUGAAAUAGCACAUAAAGAAUCACAUAUUUGAAUAAGUACGUUAAAUGAAAUUAUAUUUCUUAUGCACAUAAGCAUUAUGUUGU